AUGGACCAACACGCUGAACACGCUGAACACCCCCCCGACGACACCGACGCCUCGUCCAUCAAGCCCGUCUCCUCCCUCCGCGCCCAGUUCGAGAACCUGCUCAGCGCAAACAGGGCGCCCGCUGCCUCCCCUCCCCAGCCCUCGCCCGCCCCGCCAGACCGCCUCGCCGCCUCCGACGACCACCGCCGCUCCGACGGCCGCAUCUCCCUCGACAUCCCCCGCGACCGCCUGGACAGGAGCCCGCUGAGCGUGCGCGGCCUGACGGGCAAUGGCAAACCCACCCCGCGCUCGUCCAUGCUGCGGACGCCAUGGAGCAACCCGAAGCCUCGCCCCACGUCCAUGGUCGCCUUUUCCCCGCCCCGAUCACCCACGCGCUCGCGCACGCGCUCUCCGCCCAAAGUCACCGUCCAGUCCCCCAAGUCGCCGCCACCGAGCAGCACGCCUCCCGUCCUGUCGCCUCGCCCCUCUCGCCCCAAGUCACACGCAGCCCUAGACUCGCCUUCUCCCCCCGCACCCCCCAACCCCUCGCGCCCUGUCCACAUGGCCAGCAGAACCGGCACCCCUGGCCUGGACGCCAAGCCGCUGUCUGCGGCAACCACAGGCUCGAGUCUGUCCGGCGAGCCUCGCAAGAGCGAUCGACCGAUUUCCUCGGCGCCGCCGAUGCCACCUCCUGUCAAUCGAGCGGGGAAGCCCAAGCUGGCACCCAAACCGCAGCCGGUAGAUACCACAGCCCGGCCAAGGACAAGCUUGGAGCCAGCGGCGAGACCAGAGGAGGAGCGCAUCUCCCCUUUCAACACCCCACCCAGCAGUGCAGGCAGCGCCAAAGCCCCGAAUGUGUCCCCGCCCGUGUUGCCCGUGGCCUCGAAACCAAAGGGGAUGCCCAAGGACGGCUAUUUCCCACCUCCGCCCGUGCAUCGUGCAGUAGCCGAGAAGCUGCCCUCCACAGACUCGCGAAUCGCAAAUCAGCCGCCGAGACGCACAUCACCGCCGACCUCCCACUCCUUCCGCAACGGCGACAGCCACCAAGAUCGCCCAGCACUGCCCGUCAGACGCGACAAGGACACGGUGGAUUUGAGGAAGAGCGUGCAGUUGCAGCAGUCGGCGCCGCCAGACGUACCUGUCCGAAGAUCUUUGGAUCAGGGGAGGCCGCUAUCGCUUGCAACCGACCACAAUGCGAAGAAGAUGCCUCCGCCGCGGCGCGCGCAAACCAUCAAUUCCACCGUGCCGCCAAGGUUUCUGAGGCCGCCAGAGCCACCACCACCUCGAAAGUCGGGAGAGAUGAAGCGACCGACACAAACACCAACACCACCACUUCAACCGCCUCGAAAGCCUUCGCAAGCCUACACAUACGAUUCAGACGAAUCGGACAGCUCACCGGAGAAACAGACUACGGCCGUGCUCACCGACUACCCUGACUCGUCGCAAGCGAAUCGAAGACCCCCACUCUUUCCAGAUACCAUAGGAGGCAUACCCACUGGAUACGACACCAAGCUGUUCGCCGUUUGUGGGGAUUACAUAUGUACAACAGGAUACGUCACGAAUGUAUGGAAUGUGCUCAACGGCCGACUGUUGAUGAGCUUGAGCCAUGGUGAUACCGUGAAAGCUACCGCAGUCGCCUUCAGACCCGCAAAAGACGUCCAAGACGAAGGCAAGCGCCUGUGGCUAGGCAUGAACACAGGCGAAAUGCACGAGAUCGACAUACCCACCCAAAGCGUCGUCUUCACCAAGAAUGCUCAUCCACGCGCAGUCAUCAGCAAGAUCUUCAGAUACGCAGGCGAAAUGUGGUCGCUGGAUGACGAGGGCAAGCUCCACAUCUGGCCAGCGGACGAGUCAGGUUCGCCCUCGCUCCAUCAGGCGCCGCUUACCUUCCGAGUCCCGCGGGGCCAUACUUUCUCCAUUGUCUCCGGCUCGCAGCUAUGGGUCGCUUACACAAAAGAGCUACGAGUCUACAAACGUACGGGAGAUCACAAUCACUUCCAGCCGCUCACCGACGCUACUCUGUCGCAGCUCAAUGUAGGCGACGUGACGUCUGGAGCCAUCAUCAGCAGUCAACCCGACCGCAUCUACUUUGGGCACAUUGAUGGAAAAGUCACCGUGUACGCGAAGAAAGGCUUCGAGUGUCUGGGUGUUUUCAGCGUCAGCUUGUACAAGAUUAGCUCUCUCGUUGGUGUCGGUGACUUCCUGUGGGCAGGCUACAGUACCGGGAUGAUCUACGUCUACGACACUUCAUGCACGCCCUGGAAGGUGCUCAAGGACUGGAAAGCGCACGACAAGCCGAUCGCAGGCAUUGUCGCGGAUCGAUCGAGUAUUUGGAAGCUGGACAGGUUCCAGGUGGCUUCGCUAGGUACAGAUACCAUGUUGCGCAUCUGGGAUGGCAUGAUGAAGAUGGACUGGCUUGAAAUCCUAAUGCAACAACGCGAUUCCGAAUACUGCGAUUUCCGGGAGCUUUCCGCGCGGGUCAUGACCUGGAAUGCCGGCGCCGUGAAACCGACCACUCUGCGUCAAUCGGGAGAUCGGGAUUUCCUGCGCGACAUCGUGGAACCUGAGAACCCUCCAGACAUCUUGGUGUUUGGCUUCCAGGAGCUGGUGGAUCUCGAGAACAAGAAGAUCACAGCCAAGAGCUUCUUCAAGAAGAAGAAGCAAAAAGAUACCUCGGAACACGAACACAUGUCCCAUCAGUACCGGGCAUGGAAAGACCACUUGAUACGCGUUCUAGAUGAACACGCUCCGAGGGAGAACUACAUUCUUCUCCACACAGCCAAUCUCGUCGGCUUGUUCACGUGCGUCUUCGUAAAGUCAUCAGAGCGUAACAACAUCCGAGACGUGAGCGCUGCAGAGAUCAAGCUUGGCUUCAGUGGUCGCGUGGGGAAUAAAGGCGCGCUGGUCGUCCGCUUUUUACUCGACGACUCGUCGCUCUGCUUGAUCAACUGCCAUCUUGCAGCCGGCCAGACGCAGACCACACACCGGAACAACGACGCGGCAUCCAUCAUGGAAGCUGCGCCAUUGCCAAAACACCGCUCUCCUUCGGACUGUGCAAACUUGUUCGUAGGUGGUGGCGAUGGCUCGAUGAUUCUGGAUCACGAGAUCUGUAUCUUGAACGGCGAUCUGAAUUACCGCAUCGACGCCAUGCCACGAAACACCGUGGUCGACUGCGUGAGACAAGGCAACCUGGCGAAGCUUCUGGAACGCGAUCAGUUACUGCUCUCCCGCAAGCGUAAUCCUGGGUUCCGCCUUCGCGCGUUCAACGAAUUGCCCAUCCACUUUGCGCCGACCUACAAGUACGACGUUGGUACCGACAACUACGACACGUCCGAGAAGAAGCGCUCGCCAGCUUGGUGCGACCGCCUGCUCUAUCGGGGCUUGGGUAGGAUCAAGCAACUCGACUACAGAAGACACGACGGCGUAAAGGUAUCUGAUCAUCGACCUGUCAGUGGCAGAUUCAAGUUCCGUGUCAAGACGAUCAACUCAAAGAAACAAGAUGUGGCGAGAGACAAGGCAGAGGUGGAGUACGAGGCUGUGAGGAGACGUAUUGCGAACGACAUCAAGCAGGAUUAUCUGAUCAACGUAUUCGGGCUAUCCGCCAAGGAAGCUCAACAAGCCCUCAAGGGCGCGUAA